AUUGAAUCUCUCUGGAGAAAAAAAUGGAUUUUUCUGAUGAAGAAGACGAAGACUGGUUUGGUUCUCGUUUCAACGACGGUGUUAAUGAAGAAGAAGAAGAGGGUUUUGUGUUUUACGACGAUGUUGAAGAAAAAGAAGGAGAGGGUUUUGCGUCUGAUUUCUAUAAGGCUGGUUCUGAUUGGUCUUGUUUGGUGGAAGAUGAAGAGACCGUUUCUUCUUCUGAGAAGAAGAAACUGAAACAAUCGAACUUGUUUCAGAUUUGGGGUUUACAAGAGAAUUCUCCUGAUACAACGAAGAAGAUGAAACAAACUGAUUUGUUUCAGAGUUGGGGUUUGCAAAAGCCUUCUCCUUUCACUUCCCCUGCUUCGAAUUCGUCUAAAAAGACGACGAGUGGUCUUGGAAAGAGACGUAGAGACUCUUCGUUUAGCAAUGACUCGCCUCGACCAUGUCCUUUCUACAAGAAACUUCCAGGAACACCGUUCACUGUGGAUGCUUUUCGCUAUGGUUGUAUUCAAGGAUGUUCUGCUUAUUUCCUUACUCAUUUUCACGCUGAUCAUUACAUUGGUCUCACUAAAGCUUGGUCUCAUGGUCCUAUUUACUGCUCCUCUCUUACUAGUCGUCUUCUUAGACUUAGUCUCUCUGUCGAUCCCUCGUUUAUUCAUCCAUUGGAGCUAGACGUUGAGUACACUAUUAAUGGGAUUAAAGUCACUUUGAUUGAAGCUAAUCAUUGCCCUGGUGCUGCUCUUAUUCACUUUCGUCUCUUAGAUGGAACGUGUUAUCUGCAUACCGGAGAUUUCAGGGCUUCUAAACAGAUGCAAACGCAUCCCCUCCUCUUUAACCAACGAGUACAUGUUCUGUAUUUGGAUACAACUUAUUGCAAUCCGAGAUACAAAUUCCCCUCUAAAGAAGAUGUGUUAAGCUAUGUUGUGAGAAUCACAAAAGAUUUCCUCAGGAAGCAACCGAAGACUCUGAUUGUGGUUGGUUCUUAUAGCAUCGGAAAAGAAUGUGUUUAUCUUGCUAUUGCCAAAGCUCUUGGGGUUAAGAUAUUUGCAAAUGCUUCAAGAAGACGGAUACUGCAAUCUUUUGGUUGGGAUGAUAUUUCGAAGAAUCUUUCUACAGAUGGGAAAGCAACAUGUCUUCACGUUCUGCCUAUGUCAUCACUGAAAGUUGAAAGACUCGACGAACACUUGGAAGUUUAUAGAGAACAGUAUGGAGCAGUUUUGGCAUUUAGGCCUACAGGUUGGACUUACUCCGAGAAGAUAGGUGAACACCUUGAUCUGAUAAAACCGACUUCUAGGGGAAAAAUCACCAUUUAUGGGGUUCCAUAUAGUGAGCAUUCAAGCUUCACAGAACUUCGUGAGUUUGUUCAAUUCUUAAGGCCCGAUAAGAUUAUUCCUACGGUGAACAAUGGAAAUGCUGGAGCUCGCGAGAAAAUGCAAUCAUGUUUCAGAGAAUGGCUCAGACGCUGAGAUUCAACUCUAGGUUGAUGGGUGAAAUUGCUUCCUAUUGGUAAGAAAAUCAAUCCGUUCUAUUUCUAUACUUUUUCCUUUUUCUGCUAUUUCUGAAUCUCAAUAUGUUGAUCAUUGAAGCACUUGGUGAAUACAGUAGAAUUGAAGCA